AUGCCCAAGAACCCUCAUCUUCCUACGGUUUCGUACCGUACCAUUUCAUCUUGCAUCGGGUAUACCUACUUCAUUUCUUGGUCCGUGAGCUUUUAUCCCCAACUUCUUGCGAAUUACCGGCGCCGGACCACGCGUGGGUUGAGUCCCGAUUUUUGUGCCCUCAACGUGCUCGGGUUCGCUUGUUACGCUACCUACAACGUCGCCAUGUACGGGUCACCCUAUAUUCACAAACUAUACCGUGAGCGUUACGGUAACGACGCCGAAAUUACUGUCCAAAGCAACGACGUGGCGUUUGCCGUCCACGCGUUUCUCCUGGCGUCGUUGACCUUGUUCCAAAUAGGGUAUUACGAUGGCUUUCGAUCGCAAACACCGUCGCGCUUUAUUGGCAAGGUACUUUUGGCAGUCAUUUCGCUAAUCUUGGCUUUCCCUAUCGUUAUCUAUUGGAGAAUUUGGAAAUCCAAUUGGCUAGACUUUGUGUACGUCUUGUCUUUCGUAAAGAUUUUUGUCACCAUGAUCAAAUACGUUCCGCAAGUAAUCCUAAAUUUUCAAAGGAAAAGUACCGCGGGAUGGUCCAUUUGGCAAAUCCUAUUGGAUUUGAACGGCGGGCUGCUGAGUGAUCUACAGCUCGUAUUGGAUGCGACGGCACUACAGGACUUUUCGGGUAUAACCGGAAACCUGGCCAAGUUCUUUUUGGGAUUUGUUUCCAUUGUUUUUGAUGCCAUUUUUAUGGUGCAACACUACGCUCUCUAUCGAAGC